UAUUUCUACAGCCAAGUCCUUGCGGUCCUUGUCUUUCAACUCUUCUGCCCCAUCUCUUAAUUCCAGUCUUUUUUGUAUGGGAAACAGAAAGCAGCUCAUCUGAUGUUGGAUCUGCACAAAGACCAAUUGAUACCAUAUUUAGUUUCCACAAAGCUAUACGAAAAGAUUUGGAGUAUCUAGAUGUUGAAUCUGGAAAGCUGAGUAAUGGUGAUGAGAUAGUUCUUCGGCAAUUUAGUGGAAGAUUUCGUCUUUUAUGGGGUUUAUAUAGAGCUCAUAGUAAUUCAGAAGAUGAUAUAGUAUUUCCAGCAUUGGAGUCAAAAGAGGCACUUCAUAAUGUGAGUCAUUCAUACAUGUUGGACCAUAAGCAGGAAGAACAAUUAUUUGAGGAUAUUUCCUGUGUUCUUUCUGAGCUUUCUAUGCUUCACGAAGCCUUGCAGAUGAACCAUAUGCUAGAGAACUUAAGUGAAAGUAAUUUUAGAACUUCUGAUUCCAAGGGUAGUGAGAAUAUUAAAAAGUAUAAUGAACUCGCAACUAAGCUUCAAGGAAUGUGCAAAUCCAUAAGGGUUACUCUGGAUCAUCAUCUUUUCAGGGAGGAGUGUGAACUGUGGCCAUUAUUUGGGAAACAUUUCACUGUAGAAGAACAGGACAAGAUAGUGGGACGGAUAAUUGGAACAACUGGAGCCGAAGUUCUCCAAUCAAUGUUGCCAUGGGUAACUUCCGCGCUUACUCAAGAUGAACAGAACAAAAUGAUGGACACAUGGAAGCAGGCAACUAAAAACACUAUGUUCAAUGAAUGGCUCACUGAAUGCUGGAAAGAUAGUCCAGCACCUAUAACACAGAUAGAAACUUCAGAUCAUAACACUUCUCGAAGAGGUGCUGAAUAUCAAGAAAGCUUGGACCAUAAUGAUCAAAUGUUCAAGCCUGGUUGGAAAGACAUAUUCCGGAUGAACCAGAAUGAACUUGAGUCAGAGAUCCGAAAGGUUUAUCGUGAUUCAACUCUUGAUCCAAGGAGAAAGGCAUACCUUGUGCAGAAUCUGAUGACAAGGUCUGUAUAAGUGAGCAUGAUUCUCUG